AUUGAGCUUUUUUAUGCCUUUGCAGCUGUGUGUGUUGAUUGAUCACACACACAUAUAUAUAUAUACACACACACACACACACCCACACACAUAAAAUAAUUUACACACACAAUCACACAUUCUUCUCGGAUUAUAGCAGAAUGUAUGCGUAGAGGUGGAGAGAGAUGGGGGAAUUCAGCGUGAGAAUAAAGUGUAGAGCGAUGGAGGAAGAUAUGCGGUUGAAUUUCAACAAAAAGAGGAAGGUUUACUCUGAGCUUGAGAAUGAGAGCUGCGGCGAGGCGGAAUUGGCGGAGGAUUCGCCGUCGCCGGCGGCGUCGAGGACUUCCAGCUGCUCUAAGCGUGAGGACUCAAACGACGUCGUGAAGAUGAGUCCGACUUCGCCAGAUCUGGAGAAUGCUGAUUCGCACUCCGAGGGUUUCGUAACGGAAAUUUCCGCCUCCACCGGUCGCGUUUUCAGUAGAGAGGCGACUCCAACCAGCGAGCUUUGCGGAGACUCGGAGCAUGUUUCGCCGCCGCCUACGUCAAGGAAAAAAUCAACGAAUCUCCGCCGUAAAACACCAAAUUCCGCGGCGGACAGCAUGCCAUCGGCGGCGGAGCUGGAGGCAUUUUUCGCAGCGGCGGAAAAGUACGAGCAGAAACGAUUCUCUGAAAAGUACAACUAUGAUAUUGUAAAGGACGUGCCAUUGGAGGGCAAGUAUCAGUGGGUUCGUUUACUGCCUUAAAUGAAACCACAACCAAAACAAGAAACAAGGCAUCUUAUGAUUUCCUCUUCUCUAUUUUUGUGGGGUUAGAUUGAAUUAAUUUGAGAGGGGAUUCGACAUUUUCUAACACCGAAAUCAUUCUGGCUGGAUAUGUAUAGCAAUUUCCCAAAAUCAUGUAAAGAAGCUAGAGUUCUCUUAAUGAAAAAUCGAGUACGAUAAUAGCCUUUCCAUUUUUCUAUUUUUCCCAAGUGGCGAAAUUUGGGAUGAUUUCUUUUGUCAGAGUUUGAUGAUACUGAUGUGGUGGGUAGGACGGUAUUAAUUAAUUUGGUUUUGUUA